AAGCGCCGCGGUCCAAACGAGUUCCGAACCGGGAAGGCGGCGGCGGGCCGCACCGGGAGCGCCGCUCAGGGCGGAGCCGGGCCGGGGCAGGCGGGCCGGGGGGCGGCAUCAGCCGGGGAGGGCCCAGCGCCCGCCGCUCCCUCAGCGCAGCGCAGCGCAGCGCGGCGCCGCCCAGGAGGGCCCGGAGACUUCCGGCGGGAGGGCCGGCGGGGCCUCCUGCGCCACGGCGCUUCCGCUGAGGCGAGGCGGGCCGGGCAGAGGAGCGGCAGGCGCCACCAGGCCGCAGUGCGCAGCCUCAGCAGCCCUCGGCCGGGCGCCCAAUCAGGAACCGAAGGAGGCCUCGGCGGCCCUUCUGCGCAGGCGCAGUACUCGGCGCUGAGGGUGACGCGCUUCCGCCUCGGCCCUGCGCUGCCUGCCGGCAAGAUGGCGGCGCCCGCCACGAGGGGGCUCCCGGGGGGGGAGGCGGCGCCGGCCGAGCCCCGCCUCAGCAAGAACGAGCUGAAGCGGCGCCUGAAGGCCGAGAGGAAGGCGGCCGACAAGGAGGCGAAGCAGCGGGAGCCGGGCGAGAAGCCGCCGCCCCCGCCGGACCCCGCCUGCGGCGCCCCCGCCGACGAGGACGCCCUGGACCCCACGCAAUAUUACAAAAUUCGGAGCCAGGCCAUCCAGCUGCUGAAGGGCACUCCGGAAGAUCCCUACCCACACAAGUUCUGCGUGGAUCUAUCCCUCGCCGACUUCAUCGAGAAGUACAGCCACCUGAAGGCCGGGGACCACCUGGGUGAUGUCACCGUGAGAGUGGCAGGUCGGAUCCAUGCAAAACGUGCCUCUGGAGGGAAGCUCAUCUUCUACGAUCUUCGUGGAGAGGGAGUUAAGUUGCAGGUCAUGGCAAACUCCAGAAACUACAAAUCUGAAGAAGAAUAUCUGUGUAUUAACAACAAGCUUCGCCGUGGAGACAUUAUUGGAGUUCAGGGGAACCCUGGCAAGACAAAGAAAGGGGAGUUGAGCAUAAUUCCUUUUGAAAUCACCUUGCUUUCUCCAUGUCUUCAUAUGCUGCCUCAUCUUCAUUUUGGGCUCAAAGACAAGGAAACCCGAUUUCGGCAGAGGUACCUGGAUUUAAUUCUUAAUGAUUUUGUGAGGCAAAAGUUUAUUGUCCGGGCAAAGAUUAUAACAUACAUUCGAAAUUUCCUAGAUGAGCUGGGGUUUUUGGAGAUUGAGACACCCAUGAUGAACAUCAUCCCUGGUGGGGCCGUGGCAAAGCCUUUCGUCACCUACCACAAUGAACUGGACAUGAAUCUGUACAUGAGGAUAGCACCGGAGCUCUAUCACAAGAUGCUGGUGGUUGGAGGAAUGGAUAGGGUCUAUGAAAUUGGGCGCCAGUUCCGAAAUGAAGGCAUUGAUCUAACACACAACCCAGAGUUCACCACUUGUGAAUUUUACAUGGCUUAUGCGGACUACCAUGACUUGAUGGAGAUCACUGAACAGUUGCUUUCAGGGAUGGUGAAACAAAUCGCUGGUGGUUACAAGGUCAUGUAUCACCCUGAGGGUCCAGAAGGUCAGGCACAUGAAAUAGAUUUCACACCACCCUUCCGAAGGAUCAGAAUGGUGGAUGAGCUGGAGAGAGUGCUGGGCCUUAGACUUCCUGGUACAGACCAGUUUGAGACAGAAGAGACACGCAAGUUCUUCGAUGCUGUCUGUGAAGAGAGAGGGGUUGAGUGCCCUCCACCUCGGACUACUGCCAGGCUCCUUGAUAAGCUGGUUGGGGAGUUUUUGGAAGUCACGUGCAUCAACCCCACAUUUAUCUGUGAUCAUCCCCAGCUCAUGAGUCCCUUGGCCAAAUGGCAUCGCUUUCAGCAGGGGCUGACGGAGCGCUUUGAGCUUUUUGUGAUGAAGAAAGAAGUGUGCAAUGCCUACACAGAGCUGAACGACCCUUUUCGGCAGCGCCAGCUCUUUGAAGAUCAGGCUAAGGCAAAAGCUGCCGGAGACGAUGAGGCAAUGUUCAUCGAUGAGAACUUCUGCACAGCUCUUGAAUACGGGCUUCCCCCUACAGCUGGCUGGGGCAUGGGCAUUGACCGCCUUGCUAUGUUCCUUACAGACUCAAACAACAUUAAGGAGGUGCUGCUGUUCCCUGCCAUGAAGCCCGAGGACAAGAAGAAGGAGGUCCAGCCUGCUGCCCCUGCGGAGGGCACUUCAGUCUGACCCUGCAGAGGAAGAGGGGGGGGGGGGUGUUGGUCUGGGCUUGAAUGUGGCUGUGUUUGCCCUGUGCUGAAUAAAGGGCCUGGCCGGCUUUCCUUUGUUA